GUCACGUGCCUGUCAAACCCCAUUCUCUCGCGCAGCCGCCGUCAACACAACUGAGGAAGUAGCUGGAAGCUAACCUGGCUAACGAAAACUGAGUGCUAAGGCCAAUGCGUUGUUUAUUACCAACCGUAUUGAGUUAACUAAUGGUACAUUUGUUGUUUUCGACAAAGCAACUGACUGCCUUUGCUCCGUUUUCAAUUGAGAGGGAAGAAUGUCUAGGGGCAGUAGCCGUGGCUUGCUAACUUCUGAGCUAGCAGGCUAACGAUCAGCUGUUGUUUUGGUCGAGGAGAUAGCUGGCUAACAAGCCAAACUACAUUACUUUACAGCAGUCAGCGACGCCUGGGUUUACUAGACCACAUUUCCUCGUUGCCUGUCGAAACACUGAACUGCUUCGUCGGUUAAUGGCGACACAUACAGGCGUACCACCCUAACAGAGUCAUCAGCGGUCCGUCACUCAGCUGUUGUCCGACAGGCGUCAACCCCGUGUGGGAUUGAUCCAUCAGAGCGGUCUGUUAUUGAAUCAGCACUAUUGCUUCAAGAUGCAUGACGCGUAUGAACCAGUGCCUAUUUUGGAAAAGCUCCCUCUUCAGAUUGACUGUCUUGCGGCCUGGGAGGACUGGCUGCUUGUUGGAACAAAACCAGGGCAUCUACUUCUCUACCGAAUAAAGAAAGACGCAGGUACCAACCGGUUUGAGGUGACACUGGAAAAAUCCAAUAAGAACUUCUCAAAGAAGAUUCAGCAGCUUUACGUUGUCUCACAGUACAAAAUUCUUGUCAGUCUUCUGGAGAACAACAUCCACGUCCAUGACCUCCUGACCUUCCAGCAGAUCACUGUGGUGUCCAAAGCCAAAGGAGCCACACUCUUUGCAUGUGACCUGCAGCAAAACAACUCAGGAGAGGAAAGGUUGAGAAUGUGUGUCGCAGUAAAAAAGAAACUUCAGCUGUAUUACUGGAAGGACAGGGAGUUCCACGAGCUGCAGGGCGACUUUGGUGCACCAGAUAUUCCAAAGUCCAUGGCUUGGUGUGAAAACUCCAUAUGUGUUGGUUUCAAACGAGACUAUUACCUUAUUCGGAUGGAUGGCCGUGGCUCAAUCAAGGAGCUCUUCCCCACUGGAAAACAGUUAGAGCCUCUGGUUGCCCCACUGGCUGAUGGGAAGGUGGCUGUUGGCCAAGAUGACCUGACUGUUGUCCUAAAUGAAGAGGGCGUUUGUACCCAGAAGUGUGCCCUGAACUGGACAGACAUCCCUAUAGCGAUGGAGCACCAGCCUCCAUAUAUCAUUGCUGUUCUCCCUCGUUAUGUGGAGAUCCGGACCUUUGAGCCGAGACUGCUGGUGCAGAGUGUGGAGCUGCAAAGACCUCGCUUCAUCACCUCAGCAGGGCAAAAUAUUGUGUAUGUUGCCAGCAACCAUUUUGUGUGGCGCCUGGUACCUGUGUCAAUAGCCAGCCAGAUCCGGCAGCUUCUUCAGGACAAGCAAUUUGAACUGGCUCUUCAGCUGGCGAAGAUGAAGGAUGAUUCAGAUGGUGAUAAGAAGCAGCAGAUACAUCACAUCCAGAAUCUCUACGCCUUCAAUCUGUUUUGUCAGAAGAGAUUUGAUGACUCCAUGCAGGUGUUUGCCAAACUCGGCACAGAUCCCACCCAUGUGAUUGGACUGUACCCGGACCUGCUCCCAUCAGACUACCGCAAACAGCUGCACUAUCCAAACCCUCUGCCCACACUGUCCGGGGCAGAGCUGGAGAAAGCACAUCUCGCCCUUAUCGAUUACCUCACCCAGAAACGCAGCCAUCUGGUGAAACAGCUGAAUGACUCUGACCCUUCCACAACAUCUCCACUCAUGGAGGGCACACCGACAAUUAAAAGCCGCAAAAAACUCCUUCAGAUCAUUGAUACCACCCUGCUGAAAUGUUACCUGCAUACCAACGUGGCCCUGGUGUCCCCCCUCCUUCGUCUGGAGAACAACCACUGCCACAUCGAGGAGAGCGAGUAUGUCCUCAAGAAGGCUCACAAGUACAGCGAGCUCAUUAUUCUCUAUGAGAAGAAGGGCCUGCACCAGAAAGCUCUGCAGGUGCUGCUGGACCAAUCCACCAAGGCCAACUCUCCGCUGAAGGGCCAUGAGCGAACAGUGGAGUACCUCCAAAGACUGGGAGUGGAGAAUCUGGGCAUAAUCUUUGAGUUUUCUCCCUGGGUGCUGAAGAACUGUCCUGAUGAUGGGCUGAAGAUUUUCACAGAGGACCUGACAGAGGUGGAGACGCUGCCCCGAGACAAGGUGCUGAACUUCCUGAAGGAUGGCUUUAAGGAGCUCGCCAUCCCAUAUUUGGAGCACAUCAUCUACGUGUGGGACGAGAAAGGGCCAGAGUUUCACAAUGUGCUGAUCCAGCUCUACCUGGAGAGGGUUCAAGGCCCCAUGAAAGAGUACCUCAAGUCACUGCCAGAAGGGAUUCCAGCUGUCCCUGCAGGACAGGAGGGUGGCCAACUGGGAGAGUUCAGGAACAAGCUGCUGACCUUCCUGGAUAUUUCUACCAGCUACGAACCAGCCAGACUCAUCAGUGACUUUCCCUUUGAUGGUCUGCUGGAGGAACGGGCUCUGCUUCUAGGUCGGAUGGGCAAACAUGAGCAGGCGCUCUUCAUCUAUGUGCACAUCCUGAAAGACACCCGCAUGGCUGAAGAAUACUGUCACGGGCACUACAACAGUUUAGUUGAAGGAAACAAAGAUGUUUAUCUGUCUCUGCUGAGAAUGUACCUGUCACCCCCUGACGUCCACUGCCUGGGGCCCAUCAAGAUGGAGGUGUCGGGGCCUCAGGCCAACCUCCAGGCAGCCCUGCAGGUCCUGGAACUGCACCACAGCAAGCUCAACACCACCAAGGCCAUCAAUCUGCUCCCAGCAAACACACAAAUCCGAGAGAUCCGGGUUUUCCUGGAGAGCGUCCUGGAGGAAAAAGCUCAGAGGAAACGCUGCAACCAAGUGCUGAAGAGUCUGCUGCAGGCCGAGUUCCUCAGGGUGCAGGAGGAGCGAAUCUUCCACCAGCAGGUUAAAUGUGUCAUUACAGAGGAAAAGACCUGCAGAGUUUGCAAGAAGAAAAUAGGAAACAGUGCAUUUGCCAGGUAUCCCAACGGUGUGGUGGUGCAUUAUUUCUGCUGCAAAGACCGCAAUGUUUGUCCCACUGAACAGUAACAGCUUCUCUUCAGUAAGACUGUUUGCUUAUAAACAAUCCCCCCUUCCUCCUUGUGAACUUCAGUGCUUGGACAUCCAUGAACUAGAAAUACAUCAGAAGGUUUGGAAGUGCUCGGAAUUGGACGCUUGUAUCCAAAGCACCUUGCAGAACUAUGAGUGCAGACAUUUCUUAACCUGAGUUAACCUCGGGCACUAUUGUUGUUGUCAUGCUCGACUCGCUCAGCCUGAACCGGAGCUCCCUCUGAAAGCAAAGGCUGCGACUUUUCUGUCUCUCUGUGCAUGAAGAAACAGGAGGAAUGUCUGGGGUCGCUCAGCAGGAGGGGAGAAAUAAAGAGAACGAGGGAGGUAGAGACUCCCUGACAUUUGAAAAGCAUGUGUCACUGUAACGCUAGAAGGGAUUUGUUGCCCUACACGUCGCCUCAGAACAAAAUGGGCGCUAUUGACAGACACCCAGAGGAAGAGGAGCUGUUACAACAGAAGUUAGUGCUCCUUCUCACCAGGAGAUAAUUACAAGCCUUGGUCGGUUGUCGUCUUUUUUUGGUUUUUGUGAGUUUUUUUUUUUAACUUGCCUCUUACUGUCUCUUCCCCCUCUUGUAACACUGUGUAGGCCUCAAACACUGCUUGAUAUGCCAUAUAGACUCUGCAGUACUGUUCAAUGCCUUCUGUGACUGAAGAUUGUACUUACUAUGAAGUCAGAUGUCUGUCAUGACUUUUUGUUAGCAUGUGCCCGUACUGACUAAGCAAAACAGCAUCUGUCUUACUGUGCGUUUGGCGUCUUUUGUAUUUUAUUUAAACAUCUGAGGCGACUUCUCCUACUAAUAUUAUCCACAGCUAUGUUCUUUUCUUCAUUUAUCACCUGACAACAUCCACUCUUUUGAUGCAUUUUUUGCAGCUGUCAUCUGUCUCUAUUUAUAUUAAUUUUUUGUAUUUAAUUUUUCUCUCCCAGUCAUAUUAAAAGUUUAUGAAGUAGAAAUAAUUUUUAAAGUGAGACUAUGUAACUUUGAACCCAAGCACCCAAGGUGGCCACCAGUGGAAUUACAAGAUAAUCACAGUGAAUUUCACUUAAUUUCACCAGAUUGGAUAAGGAUUUUGUCACAUGUCAGAGUAAAUAGAAAAUAUUAAGAUUGUGGACUGUUGUUUGGACAAAUUGAAGAUGUCGCUGUUAGCUUGGAGAAGUAAUGAAUGGCUUUUUUUCCAGUGUUUUUAAACAUUUUAUAGAUUAAAUGAUUAAUCAAUUAGUCCAGAAAAUAAACAGCAAAUUUAUCAGUAAUGAAAAUAAUCAUUAGUUGCAGCCUUACAUUACAGUGAUGAUGCUAAAAUAGUGUUACAAUAGCACAAGUAGAGAUGAGUUAUUAAGUCGUCUAUCUAACGUUAGUUAAUAUUAGCUAACAUUAGCCACCAUAAGCUACUGGUGUGUAGUGAAUAGAGAGAGAGUUUCCUUUAUUGGCCACAAAUCCAAUGUUUUAUUUGCAAGAGGAAGAUUUCCUUACAUAGUCUCACUUUAAGAUAAGUCACAAAAGUAACAGCACUUUAAAAAGUGGAUGGAUGUCUUGUUUAUUUAUUAUUAAAUCACAUAUCUGCGUGGUAAGGACUGGAAGUAAUGUGAAUGACUUGAGAGGUGUGAUUAAUCUGUGCAUCUUAAUGGCAAUAUUGUUAUCAAAUGUGUCUGUUUACCGUCCGGCCAGGGAGGUAAGUUCAAGAAGCAGGACUCCCCAGUUUAUUGCAAAUGAAAUGGAAGCAAUGAAUGUGAUGUUUUUAGAAUGAGUUGGGGUCCAGAGUGUGAUUAUUCAGUCACACUCUGGACAGUUGACUUGCAUGACUCAAACAUUUCCAUUUUAACCACUAGACCCUGAAUAGUUAGGAGAAUUCUUGCAACAUUUUUAAGUUAACUUUCCCACAAGUUGUAGCAUUUUUUGUCUCCUGCUCCUUUAAAUACCCCCCCACCUCCUCCUCCUCCUCCUCCUCCUCCUCGUCUGCUCUUAAAGGUUUGCACACAUUCUCUGCUAAGACUGUUUCAGAUUUUUUGUUAUUGAGUGGGAACAUUUGUACCACUGUGUGUAUACUGUAUAAAGACUGAGAGUGUUAAUGACAAAUUUCUCACUGAUGUUAUUUGAUUCAGAGGGGCUAACCCAGCAGGUACCAUCCGUGUGUCUGGCUUUAAUCAGUAAUAAACAAGCAUUUCCACUCA